AUGAACAAUCUAAGGGCGAAUAAGGUUGGCGGUAGCCCCAUCAGUAAAUCAUAUGUACCAUCUAAUGCAAACAACAAUGCCGGAUAUGAUCAGCCUGGUAUAGAUAGUGAUCUGUUACAAGAACAGAAGCAAGAAAUAUACGAAGCCUUCUCACUUUUUGAUAUGAAUAAUGACGGGUACUUAGAUUUCCAUGAAUUUAAAGUAGCAUUACGUGCUUUGGGAUUCCAAUUAGAAAAGAAAGAAAUAUUAGACUACAUCAAUCGUUAUGAUCGAGAUGGUCGUCAUUUGAUGCAAUAUGAUGACUUUUUCACAGUAGCCGGUGAAAUGAUACUAAAGAGAGAUCCAAUUGAAGAGAUUAAAAGAGCAUUUCAAUUGUUUGAUGAUGAUCAUACGGGGAAGAUAUCGUUUAAGAAUCUUAGACGAGUCGCUCAGGAGUUAGGUGAGAAUAUGAAUGAUCAAGAAUUGAGGGCAAUGAUUGAAGAAUUCGAUAUGGAUGGAGAUGGAGAAAUCAAUGAAGACGAAUUUAUUGCCAUCUGUACAGAUAAUUAA